AUGGAACGGUUUUUGGAAGCGACGGCGGUGUAUUUUGAUGAGUGCAAGUUUCAACACUAUCACGAGCGCAUCUUGCCGAUUACGCACAUAGUCACGUACAGUGCCGUUGCAAUAGAUCAUGCAACUAAAUUGAAGCACCUUCAGCUCGCCCCCAACGAGUAUCUGGAGCGACUGCAAAUCGUCGACAGUGCCAUCGAAAGCGUCCCGAAAACGGUGGCUAACCUGAGGAAGCUACAGUUCCUCGUCAUAGACAAGGCGCUGCUGCAAGUGCUUGACCUCAAUCUAUUCUGUACGCUACCUCAUCUGCGUUCGUUGCAGUUUGUCGACAACCGGAUCAGCCUGUUGCUUCCUGCUGAUCCCCAAAAUUGCGCCUCUUCGCUGAAAGACUUAGAUCUGAAAAAUAAUCAUCUCACUAACCUAAACCUGGCCACCUUCGUGCCAUUUGCUGAUCUCACACGACUGAUAUUCGACGGAAAUGGGAUCUUUUCCGUGUUCACUUCCACCGGCAUUACAUUGAUCCAUCUGUCGCUCUUGUCACUGAUGGGGACCAGGUUGAGCUUCUUCGACAUCGAUCAACUUUUCCUUCCAGAGUGUUCAGCAAUCGACCUAACUAACAAUCGGCUAAAUCCGGUGCCAAAAUUUAGCAAUACAAGUGUGCCCAACCUACAGGUCUUAACACUUAAAGGGAAUCAGCUGAGCACGGUCGAUCUAGCGAAUUUCGAAGAGCUGCAGCAGCUGGCGCACCUGGAUCUGAGCGAAAACCUUCUGACGUCCGUUUAUGCCAGCAGUUCGUUGAAGAAGCACACGGUAUUUUUAAAGUUUCCAGGUCAAAUAUUGUAUGUUACGAUGUUCGAAAACUGUACACUUGCAAACUUUACUGGAUCCGUACAACUGGCCUUGGAGUCUAACGAUUAUUUAGCUGAGCUGAUUGUUUACAACGGCUCGAUCAAGUACCUUCCACCGACCAUACGAGACAUUAGAAAUCUGAAGGUAUUGAACGUACGCUAUACGCAGCUAACGAACUUGAGCGUACUCGAGCAGCAACCGUCCACCAAAUACUUGUUCAUCCAGAUUCAACGACUACUGGUCGGCUCCGUUGCAGUGGCCGACCUGAUAGUGGGCGCCUCCCAGGUCGCCGAAUUGCUGAUGUUCAAAAAGUUUCGCGAAAAUACGCUACUACUGCCCAGUGCACUCACACUGAAGGAAUUAAUCUUACAUGAUGCAGUCGCGUUGGGGGAUUUUACUGCCGGGAUGAACUCGUACCUGGAAAGGCUUGAAAUAGAUAGAUGUGCGAUGACCAUCAUUCCACCGUCUGUGCGUAAUCUAGUAAAAUUAAAAGACAUCUCUGUAAAACAUUGCGCUAUCAGGAUAUUGAAUCUGGCCCUGCUCGUCCAGCUCAAACAAUUGGAAACCGCCAUGUUCAUGUGGAAUCAAAUCAGCAGCAUUUAUCCAGCGCAGCCUUCGAUCAUGGAGAACUUUGACUCGCUGAUUCUAUCCCAUAAUCAGCUCAGACAGCUCAAUAUGAGUGCAUUGUUGGGUCUGCAGCGAAUGCGCACCCUUGCCAUCGAUAAUAAUCUGCUAGUUCACGUUCACUUUGGAAACCAAGGCAUUGUAAACUUUCCUCGACUAAGUACGCUUGAUCUGUCCAACAACGUUCUUCAGAAUCUCUCGUUCGUGCAGUUGAGAGCCCCCAACUUGGAGAGCCUGCAGCUAUCGUCCAACGAGCUUACCACCGUCCCGGGACCAUUGCAGAGGUUUCCCAAGCUGGUCACCCUAGCGCUCAGCGGCAACGCACUGUCGUCGGUCAGGUUCGUGGAUUUCCGAGGUCUCGGCCAUCUGGCGCAUCUGGAGAUGGAUAAAAAUCGCUUGCAAACAUUAGACGCCACCACCGCCUUACAGCUGCCCCGGCUCGUGCUGCUAAAGUUGUCCGGCAAUCGGCUGCAAAGCGUUAACCUGGACAAACUUUCCCUGCCCCGCCUCAUCCAGCUGGAUGUCAGCUUUAACCUGCUAACGGACGUCCCGACGGUGUUCGACCAGGACUUCAAGCUUCUGCAGGUAGUCGCCGUCGUGGGCAACCCGUUGACGUGUGCCACGCUGGAAACGCACCGGUCCUACAUCGCAAAGGAGAUACUGAUUCCCAAGUGGCUCCUGACGGAGGCGGAGCUGUGCUCCACCGGGCAACUGUUUGUACUCAACGAAAAACGUCGUGCCUGCUGUGCACCUUGA